ACCACUAGGACUCACAUGCACAGUCGACUAUAUAGGUGUUUCUUUAUAUCACAUAAAGCUCCUUACACAAAAGAUAGAAUGGGUUCUAAGUUUGGAAUCGGCUCUUUGAGCAUUGUAAUGACUCUGCUUCUUUCUUUGGUUCCAAAACUUGAGGCAGAGUUCACAACGGUCGAACAAGCAAUAAAAUCUGAUGGCUCGAUCAGUUUCCUGGUGAUUGGAGAUUGGGGAAGACGUGGACUCUAUAAUCAAUCCCAAGUUGCCCUUCAGAUGGGGAAAAUCGGGGAGAAGAUGGACAUCGAUUUUGUGGUUUCCACGGGUGAUAACAUCUAUGAUAACGGGAUGAAAAGUAUUGACGAUCCUGCCUUUCAACUCUCCUUCGCUAAUAUCUACAUUUCUCCUAGCUUGCAAAAACCUUGGUACCUUGUAUUGGGGAAUCACGACUACAGAGGAGAUGUUGAAGCACAGUUGAGUCCAGCCCUCAGAUCAAUAGACAGCCGUUGGAUUUGCAUGAGAUCCUUCAUCGUAGACGCUGAGAUUGCAGAGCUCUUCUUUGUCGACACAACUCCUUUUGUAGAUGCUUAUUUCCUCAAUCCCGAGGGACAAAAUUACGACUGGAGAGGCGUAUCACCGAGAGAAUCCUAUCUUCAAACCACUCUAAAGGACUUGGAGACGAGUCUGAGAGAAUCAACAGCAAAGUGGAAAAUUGUGGUGGGUCAUCAUGCCAUCAAGAGUGCUUCCAUUCAUGGGAAUACUAAAGAGCUUGAAUCUUUACUCUUACCCAUCCUUGAGGCGAAUAACGUUGAUCUCUAUGUGAACGGUCAUGAUCAUUGCUUGCAACAUAUUAGCACAUCUCAGAGUCCUAUCCAGUUUCUAACGAGUGGUGGUGGGUCAAAAGCAUGGAGAGGCUAUUACAACUGGAAAACCCCAGAGGAUAUGAAAUUUUUCUAUGAUGGGCAAGGUUUCAUGUCGAUUAAAAUCACUAGAACUGAAAUGGGUAUCGUUUUUUACGAUGUCUUCGGCAAUAUUUUACACAAGUGGGACACAUCCAAAGUGUUGUACACGGAUUUAGAUUUCUCAUUGUAAUUACAGUACAAAUUACUCACACACCUGGUGUUCCAUAA